AUUUAUGUUUCUUAUGGAUCACAGUUUGUAUGUAACUCGUUGCGAUUUAUAUUUUGAAUUCGUGGGAAAGAUAAGAAGGUGAAGAAUUGCAAGCAUGAGUUAUAGGAUUCCCCUCAGUCAAAUACUUUAAUUGCAAAAUGAAUAGGGUUGUUUACAUGAUCAAUUACAUAGACACACAAAACUCUGUAAGAGGUGGAGUCCUAUUAUUGUAUGAGGUAGGGACUCGUAUUAGGGGGUAUCAAUUUUGUUUGUGUGUCCAAACAUGGGUUUAAGCCCUAUCCUAUCAUGCUGUCAUAAAUCCAAAGCUCUCUUCUUAUUGCCGUGUGCUCACUUUAAUUUUGUCUCUUGAUUCCUCUUUGAUUUAUUCUAUCUUCUGUUGUGCGGAAAUCACUUCCCUCAAAAUAAAGGGAGGGAGGAGCAUUUUUCUUGUCAUGCACCUUUUGGUUUGUACUUUUUUUUUUUGUCAGAUGGUUUGUACUAACAAGUAAGAAAAGAAGCGAUUCUUGACUUUGGACAAGAUGAUGGCAUGGGGGUCCUCCCAUCUCUCUAAUCUCCUAUAUGGAUGCAGAUGGGAAGUACCUUCCUGCACACGGCAAACCCUUUCCCCAAUCUGUUGUCCAGAUGAUAAGGAAAUGAGCUCCAUUUCCUUUUAUUCAAAACUAACGAUAAGUAGAAUUCGGUCUUGUAGCUCUAGUGAUUAAGAGUAUUUAUCUUCACAUAUAAUGCUAGAGUAACGAAUCUCCUCCGUAAAAUAGAAAUAUUUUUAUAUCAAUUAGAAAGUGUCGUUCUUCAUGAUUGAUGAAAGAAACAUGGAAGGCUUUGGAUUAUAUAGCAAUGCACGAAGAAUGUUGGAUAUCUAUGAUUGUUGGCAUGGCAUCACCAACUUAUUAUUGACAAUGUAAUGAUUAUAUUCUUUAGAAACUAAUUACCAAUCCUUUUCUAUUGUAUGAAUCAAAUUGAUUAUACAUAUACGUAAUUAAUAAAAUUUCAAAGAUAGGCGACUGGAGGUCAUUCUAUCAGAGAGUUAGUCUUCUCUAAUCGCUCUGAUCGGGAAGGAAGUAGCUAAUUUUGUAGUUGAUGGCUAAUUCUCGGGUCCUAGUUUCUUUUUGAUAGUCUUAUGCUAGUUUGGAGGGUAAGCCUUAUGUGUAACUCAACUCGCCUAAUCUAUUAUUAUCCUUCUACAUGUACGUAAAUCUCAAAAUUCAAACUCAUCCAAUGGUAAUAAAUACAGUGGUGAGGAUUAUCACUAUUUGAAGGUGGUGAUCGAAAAUGCACCUCACAUUUUCAAGUUGGCGAAGGUGGCGAACACUGCACUUGGUCACGCAGCAUUCAAGUGGGGGGAUUCUAACACCUCAUAUUAUGCUGGUGUGUGUCGAGUGUUUUCCUGGGUCGUGUCCUUACACACACGUAUAUAUACAUCUAUAUAAGCUUUUCCAUAUGUACAACCCUUUACCAAAGAAUGACUUUUAUGAGCAGCAAGGAAUAACCAUCAGUUUAAGUUAUGAAUCAAUCUGCAAAAUAUGCGCAUUAUUCAUAACAUUACUAGCUGCCUAGUGAGCGUGAUAAAUUGUGACUAGUACUUGUGGAAGAAUAUAUAUAUAUAUAAUAUAUAUAUAUUUAGAGAGAGAGAGAGAGAGAGAGAGAGAGAGAGAGAGAGAGAGAGAGUAGAGAAAGAGAGUGAUCUAGAAUCUAGAGAUGAAACCUCCUCUCAGCAACAAGAGGCCAAAUUCUUUGUUGUCGUCGUCUUCCUAUUCAGUUUUGCUUCUAGCUUUUGUGGUGCCAUUUUUUGUGAUAUCAGUGCUGGUUUGCAGUUUGGGCGUCACGAGUUCGCUUUCGUGGUCAUGGAGAUUCGGCAACGUAUUGGAGACUGAAGACUAUUCUUCUUCUUCAUCAGCUUUCUCUGCAACUGCAACACCACCAAGGCCUCCUCAAGUUCUUGAAGCCGCUAAACAAGGUCAUAACAUCACUUCUUCCUCAAAACCAAAUGAAACAGUUGUCCCUCGUCAAAAUAUCGGAGAAAAACAAGGGAUGGUGUGGAUUAAUGGUACAGAAUCUGAUGAAAUUAAUGGGACAUCGGCUAUAAUAACUGGUACAUCAAUAAAGAGAUAUAGCAGGUUGGAGAAACUUGAAGCAAAUUUGGCCGGAGUCCGGGCUUCCAUAAGAGAAGCUGCUCGAGUCCGAAAUCUAACUUCUAGCCAUGAAGAUCCAGACUAUGUUCCUCGUGGACCAAUUUACAGGAAUGCAAAUGCUUUUCACAGGAGUUACUUGAAGAUGGAAAAGCAUUUCAAGAUAUAUGUAUACGAAGAAGGAGAGCCACCGAUAUUUCACAACGGUCCAUGCAAAAGCAUAUAUUCGACAGAAGGGAGAUUUAUUCAUGAAAUGGAAAUGGAGAAUAUUUACAGAACAAGAGAUCCAGAUCAGGCCCUCGUUUAUUUUCUUCCCUUCAGCGUGGUGAUGCUGGUGCAGUACCUGUACGUGGCCGACUCCCACGACACUCAGCCCAUCGGGCGAGCUGUCGUCGACUAUGUCAAUGUCAUUUCGGAUAAGCAUCCCUUUUGGAAUCGAAGUCUUGGUGCUGAUCACUUUAUGCUUUCUUGUCAUGAUUGGGGGCCGAGCACAUCUGCAUAUGUUCCUCAUUUAUACCAAAACUCCAUAAGAGUGCUAUGCAACGCAAACACAUCCGAAGGAUUCAACCCUUCAAAAGAUGUCUCAUUUCCAGAAAUCCAUCUCCGAACGGGGGAAACCAAAGGACUUCUCGGUGGUCUCUCCCCAUCCCGAAGGUCGAUUCUUUCCUUCUUCGCAGGCCGGCUUCAUGGCCACAUAAGGUACCUGCUUCUAAACGAAUGGAAAGAAAAAGAUCAAGACGUGCAAGUUUACGACCAACUCCCCAACGGUGUAUCCUAUGAAUCAAUGUUGAAGAAGAGCAGGUUCUGCUUGUGCCCUAGCGGUUACGAAGUGGCAAGUCCGAGAGUGGUGGAAGCCAUAUACGCAGAGUGUGUUCCGGUGUUGAUUUCGGACAGCUAUGUUCCACCGUUCAGCGAUGUUCUGGAGUGGAAGUCGUUUUCUGUGCAAGUGCAAGUGAAGGACAUACCAAACAUCAAAAGGAUACUGAUGGGAAUAUCACAAAGUCAGUACUUGAGAAUGCAGAGGAGAGUGAAGCAGGUGCAGAGGCAUUUUGUGGUGAAUGGACCUUCCAAGAGAUUCGAUGUUUUCCAUAUGAUUGUUCACUCCAUUUGGCUCAGGAGGUUGAAUAUCCGCAUUGAGGAUGAACGAGUUGAGUAGAAUCUUUUUACUUCAGUCCUAUAUAUUACAUGCAUGGUAGUAUGGUACAUGGCAUGGGACCGUAACAAUUUUUCGCUUUUACAACUGGGCAAAGUAGAAUAAAAAUAAUAAAUAUAUAUGAGGGAAUUACCAGA